AAGGAAUUAAAAACACAGAACUGCAUAAUUUAAAAAAAUUAUGUUUCAGUGCUCCAUCUAGUGAGAAUAGUGAAUAAUGAAAAACUUUCUGUGAAUGGUUAAACAAAUAAUUGCAGUGUGCAUAACCAUAAUGACAAAUCCGAAGUGCUUGUAACCUGCCAUUAUACAGCCAGAUUUCUCAGUGUUUCUUUCGACAACGAAGAUAAAUGAGAAAUAAAUGAGAAGGUUCAGAUUAAAUGGAGCCACACGCAGCCUGUACUAUAAUAAUACAUUAAGAUGCUGUCUGCCGUUCACCACUUGUCGAUAUCGAAUGGUGUUACUCGCACUCUGCAUCAUGGUACAUAGUGAAGCCUGCAGAAGGCCCUGGAUAUAUUUUACUUUUAACCCAAGAUACGAUGCACUUGAAGCCAUUUCAGACCAUAGAAUGACAACCACAUCCACUGACACUGACACUUGUUAAAAUUAGCCCCAUAUAGUCCAAGUUGAAGGGCUCUGGCUGAAGGCCCAAGUGUGAUUAUAAAAGAUAUGACCACCCACUGGAAAGGUCAAAGAGGAAAACAACAUUUCUGUCCACAUCCUGGGUAACGAUGAGCAAAGCAGUCUAUCAGAAACCGUUUGUGGUUGUUUAUCAGCUUACACUGAAAAUGUAAAUGAGAGGAAAUAGGAAUUUUUCUUUAAAAAUUUUGUCUUUUUUAUCCGUUAUAUGCAUCCCUAGCAAUGCACAUGAACAAUAACUGAUAUAUUUAGGUUGUGAAUGCUUGUCAUCUAUCUAUCUAUCUAUCUAUCUAUCUAUCUAUCUAUCUAUCUAUCUAUCUAUCUAUCUAUCUAUCUAUCUAUCUAUCUAUCUAUCUGUCCAUUUGUCUUGUACUUUAGGAACUCUUCAGUUGUCUAUGACUUUCUGUUUCUCUUUCAUAUGUGUGUAAUACCCAUCUCUGUUAUUAAGGCUUUGAAUGUUUGCAGCUGUGUGGUCCACCAAACUAAAAACCCUGGCCUCUGAGAAGAUCUCAUCUGAGAUCCAUUUAUAUGUGGUAAUCCACCUCCUUCUGCGUUAGAAAUGAAGACUUCACAAAGUACUAAAUACAGUCACUGUGACACAGGUGUUUUGGCAAAAAAGGUUUUGUUUGUAAUGUGAUCACAGGAUCAUUAAUGUAGUGUAGGGUGAGAUAAAGCUGAUUACAGACAUUCCCUGAUUUGUGUAAUUCCGGCCUUGGAUAUAUACGGAUAUUCACACCCAUUAAAAAACAACAAAGCAUUACGUAAUGAGUAUAUUCGGACACAUUAACAAAAAGACAUUAGAUAUUGUACAAGAGUAAGCUAGACAUAAACUAUGGAUCUUACACCAAGAAAAGGUGGUAAACGACCUAAUUAAGUAACGAUACAAUACAAUUGUUCUUUGUAUGCAUUUUUCAAGAUAGGAACGUAUUCUAAUUUUAGCCUCGCCUUUGAGAGUAAAAACACAUAGGAAUAUGCCAGCCACAAUAAUGGAGUAUAACUACGCUACACUCGCUCGAUCUGAUUGUGGAGUGACAGAUACGCGAGAUCCAGGCUGUCAGUUUUAUGAGAGGAUCUAGCGUUGGACACUGCGUCACAACGCAGCACCGAUCGACCAAUCAGACGGCUCACCGAUGCCCCAGCGAGGAGGAUAUUUACCGCAGCGAUGAGCCGACCCUCUCUGCCGAUUGGCUGAAUUUCCUGUCCGUCUGUUACACAUCGUUAUUACGACAGGUCGCACCAAACACCUUGCGGUAGAUUUAUAGCCAUUGAGGGGAAAAAGGUCUUCUUUCUCCUGGACAUGGUGGAGUAGGCGGUAGCUGGACGGACGAGGUUGGGAAACCACAGUGGAUUUGGAAUAACCCGAUGGAAAUUGGCGGACAAAGGCCGGUCGAAGCAGCCCUGUUUGAGGAGGUGUUCGUGGAACGUUGAAAGGAUCAUGUGGUGCUUCGCCCUAAUGAUGUUUGCAUCCUCAGCCUUCCCCUUUAUCGUGUUUGCGUGCGUUGGUUUGUCUGCGGCGGCUCCGGGCAUUCAUGCGCCCGGUGCGCUGCUCCGUGCGCUGAGAAAGCCUCGCGGAAUAGCCGCACAUCUCAACGUGACCGCGGACGCACUUCCCGAGCCCCGGUUGGGUGUUGUCGCGUUCACCGGCUUGACACCAGCGCCGACGAUCGCUUCUGCGGGCAAAGCGAUCCGGCCCGAUGCACCACGAGCCCCCGGCACCGCGCCACCCACGGCACCGAUACACACAGCGGCGCAUGCCCAGCCGUGGCCAGCGCGGCUCCAGACCACGGCGGCCGCCAAAGCUCGCGGAGCAGGCGAUCCGCCCGGGGUUAAGGCGACCUCCGACGAUUCUCAAGAGCUAGUGUGUAACUGCAGUGCCGAGGGCGUGUUGGACGCUGACGAAUGUGACAUGGACACAGGUCAGUGUGUGUGUAUGGUGGGCUACACGGGGCUCCAGUGUGAGGAGUGUGAGGAAGAUCACUACACCAACGGCACCAUCGGCUGCCUGCCGUGCGCUUGUGACUCCUUUGGCUCCGUCAGUCCCCGCUGUGACAGCUCUGGCACAUGUGCGUGUAAGACUGGUGUGUAUGGUCCCAAGUGUGAUGACUGCCAUCCUGGAUUCUUCCACUUCAGCAACACAGGCUGUCAGCCAUGCCAGUGCAAUGGGCACUCCACCUACUGCCACCCCCAAUCAGGAGUGUGUCUAGACUGCCAGGGCAACACUCAGGGGCAGAACUGUGAGGAGUGCCUGCCACUGUACUACCGACCCCGGGGCAGCCGUGUGAGGGACAACUGUGUCCUGUGCCCCUGUCCCAGACACCUCUCCUCUGGCACCUGCCGCCUCGAUCCCAACGGCCGCCCCGUGUGUGACGAGUGUAUGUCAGGUUUUACAGGGCCAACGUGUGAUGUGUGUGCAGAUGGUUUUUCUAAAUCGGCAGACGCGUGUGUGCCCUGCGACUGUCAUGGGAACGCAGACCCGCGCUCCGCGCCGCAGAUAUGCCACCCGCAAGACGGACACUGCUUUCACUGUGCCAACUACACAGUGGGCACUCACUGUGAGCUCUGUGCCCCUGGGUACACAGGGGACGCCCGGGCUCACAACUGCACACCAACAGCUGUGAAGCUGCUACCCACCCUGGUGACCCGGACCCCUGGCCCGCCGGCUGCCCGAAGCCCUGCCCCUCGGUCUCCAACACUGCCCCCUUCGCUCCUCUCUACGUCCUCUCCCGACCCCUCAGCGGGAGCCGGCGGUCCGCCGACCCUGCGGUCGGGCCCGGGAGACCCCACGGGCCGCGGCAACAGUUCGGCGUCGGCUCUCACCGCUGUGUCGUGGACGCAGUUCAACAUCAUCGUGCUGGCGGUCAUCAUCGCUCUGGUGGUCUUGCUCAUGGCGUUCGUGGGCGGCGUGUACACGUACCGCGAGUACCACAACCGCAAGCUCAACGCGCCCUUCUGGACCAUCGAGCUGAAGGAGGACAACAUCAGCUUCAGCAGUUACCAUGACAGCCUCCCGCACGCUGACCCCAGCGCCCUGCUGGAGGAGGAGCCUUGUGUGGUGGCGGCCAAUGGCCAGCUGGCACUGGCCUCUGCCGCCGGCAUGUACAAGGCGUGAGGAGGCCCCACGCUGCAGCUGUCCCCCUGGAGAAGAACGGCAUUUACGUUUUCCCAGAAGGUGCCCUGGGGCGGGGGAGCGAGCGUUUGCACGGGUCAGCCGCUUUUAAGGUCGCACCACUUCCUCAUCGGUGUCCGAGUAGCCCUUCGGCCGCCCAACCACUCACGCCACCUUAAGAAAAGGGGGCUCGCAGCUUACCAUGACGACGGGACCGCAGGGCGGAGUUACAUUUUCAGCGUCUUACAGGCGGAGCCAUGCCGCUAUGCUGUACGUAGAGGGGUCUGAGCUCCAAUUCUGGACAGAAAGGACUGAGCCAAACUGUCACAGUAAAUUUAUGUGCUACAUGGGAAACCUAUGAAACGUGUGAAGAAGUCACCUACCAUCUCUGGACACGGAGACGUAUAGUACAUAACUCAAUAACGGGGACGUAUAGUACAUAACUCAAUAACGGGGACGUAUAGUACAUAACUCAAUAACGGGGACGUAUAGUACAUAACUCAAUAACGGGGACGUAUAGUAUAUUACUCAAUAACAGAGACGUAUAGUACAUAACUCAAUAACGGGGACGUAUAGUACAUAACUCAAUAACGGGGACGUAUAGUAUAUUACUCAAUAACAGAGACGUAUAGUACAUAACUCAAUAACGGGGACGUAUAGUAUAUUACUCAAUAACGGGGACGUAUAGUACAUAACUCAAUAACGGGGACGUAUAGUACAUAACUCAAUAACGGGGACGGAUAGUACAUAACUCAAUAACGGGGACGGAUAGUACAUAACUCAAUAACGGGGACGGAUAGUACAUAACUCAAUAACGGGGACGGAUAGUACAUAACUCAAUAACGGGGACGAAUAUUACAUAACUCAAUAACGGGGACGAAUAUUACAUAACUCAAUAACGGGGACGUAUAGUACAUAACUCAAUAACGGGGACGUAUAGUACAUAACUCAACAACGGGGACGUAUAGUACAUAGUUUAGUAACGGGACGUAUAGUACAUAGUUCAGUAACAGGGGACGUAUAGUACAUAGUUCAGUAACGGGGACAUAUAGUACAUAGUUUGGUAACGGGGACGUAUAGUACAUAGUUCGGUAACUGGGACAUAUAGUACAUAGUUCGGUUACGGGGACGUAUAGUACAUAGUUCAGUAACGGGACGUAUAGUACAUAGUUCAGUAACAGGGGGACGUAUAGUACAUAAUAACGGGGACAUAUUGUACAUAGUUCAGUAAUGGGACGUAUAGUACAUAGUUCAGUAACGGGACAUAUUGUACAUAGUUCAGUAACGGGACGUAUAGUACAUAGUUCAGUAACGGGGACGUAUAGUACAUUGCUCAAUAAAGGGGACGUAUAUACAUAGUUCAGUAACGGGACGUAUAUACACAACUCAAUAACAGUUCUGCAGAUAUUCUCCAGCUCCUGGCUUCACCGCACAUACAAACUUUCUGCGUUUCCCUCACACACCUGCCGCUGUCACGGAUGUGUUUCCUGAGCGUCAUGCUGUCUGGCUUAUACACCAGGAGCUAAGUCUCAUCGAAUGUUUUUCUGCGUACAAGAAAAAAGAACCAUGCGGGUAUGCAUGCAGGACAUGAUGCAAGACUGGACGUCGACACGGAUCACGGAUGUGCAUGCGGGGUUCUUGAGGUACCAGAUGACACUCUUCUGAGUAUUUCGGAAGUCCGGCGCCCACCUGACCGUGUCACGGACGUGUCCGUGAACAGAAGCAGCGCAGCACCUGUGAAGAUGUGGGAUUUGCCCUGUAAACCUUUUGCGGUGCUGACAGCAGCCAGCUGAUGGGGAGGGGAAACAUGUCAGACGCUAGACACACGGCGUCAAACCCACUAGCAUGCCUGGUACCAUGGCAACAGGAAAUGCUCCUCUAUGUCUGGCAGCGAACAGACGUACAUGUAUCUCGAAGCACUGACACUCACUUCCUAUUAGGGCCUUAGUGUGUGUGUGUGUGUGUGUGUGUGUGUGUGUGUGUGUGUGUGUGUGUGUGUGUGUGUGUGUGUG